AUGUUGAGUCGUCUGGAAACCCCCGUGUCUCGAAUAUCGGUAGAUCUGCAGCAGGGGAGCAUCAUAAAGAAACAUUUUGACGAUCGGGCUCAAACUUGGCUCAGUAUAUCUAAAGUCCUCGACAAGGAAAGUUCAAGAAGUCAGCUACUGAAUGCCAUAUUAACGUCUGGUGAGGAGGUUCCGUAUGAAGUUGUAUGGAAACAGUCCAAGGUCUCGGAAGCUCUACAUUCAGAUGAAUUCAAGUCGAAUUAUGGCUCUGCAACUGUACUAGCAGCCACCAGCACCUUUAUCGCAGUUGGAACUUCAUCUGGAAUUGUUGUGGGUUUCAAUUACCACCAGGAAAUAUCAUUUGUAACUGACUUGGCUACUAACUCUUCCACGACGAACUCAAAUGUGCCCGACGUUUCUCCUAUCACCUGCUUGGCGUUUUCUUCAUCUUCGCUGUCAGUAGCUGCUGGCUAUCAAAAUGGAAGCAUAAGAAUAUGGGAAAUUCCCAUUGCUGCCAGCGAAAUAGACCCACUGCAUCCAAUUGAACUAAUCCACAUAAUAAACCCAGUCUCCCUUGAAGAUAGGUUCACCAUGAACAGGCUGGGACACUUGAGUUUACCGAUCACCUCGAUUCUGUUUGUAUCCACCCUGAACACCCAGUUGGUGGCUUCUGACGUAUCUGGUCUCGUGUUUUAUCACCAUCUAUUCAAAAGACUUAUGAAACGAGGUGUGACAUCUAUAAAGCUCUUUGGGCGAAACGAUGCAAAUAUCAUAUCUGAGAGUGGAAAAUUCGUCAUUUACGGCUGCGAACAACUUCCACUUGGCUCUGAAUACCUGAUAACCGAUGACCUCGCCGUGUUUGCCGUCAUAACAUCAUCAAUGUUGGCUAUUGUAUCCAUCUUGUCUUUAAACAAUAGCUCAGACCUAAAAGUCAAGACUCAUUACACCGUUGGUCGAGCCACCGAGGUAGUAAGAGCGGUGAAUGGUAGUAAUUCAAAUGGUAACCAUGAAAAUGGCACCGAUUCAAAUUCUGGAAUCACAUCACCGACUCCCGUUCGAGAGUCUUCUGUAAGGCUGUCCUCGUUGAAUUGGGUGCCUGGUCGUAAAGUAGCCAAUGGUUCAUGGGAAGGUGCCAAGUUAAUUUACACAUACAACCGAACCCUCACCAUUCUUCAACUAGACACCACUAAUUUGAAAGAAAUGGCACUGGCACUUGCAAACGUCAAAGAUAAGGACAAACUAAUCCCAUCUCUUCAAUUUGAACGAGUGUGUCGAUGGAAAUAUUCUGAUGAUAUUUCUGCGGUGAGAUGGCUCUCAUCUGAUGUUUUCAUGUUAUUUGCUCCUUCAAAGUUUUCUGUGUGUCACUAUGAUACGGUUCGAGGAAAGGUGACGGAGUUCUGUGGACUGCCACCACCUUUUGAUGUACAACCUCUUGAACUUGUUCAUUCUUCUCGUGACCAAGAAUUUACAGCAUCGACUAUAGAUUCCUCCAUAGUCAUGGUGAAGCGGACUAUAAUGGCACAUUCAAGCCUGGGUAUUUUCUUUGGCUCUCUACCAAGUUGGGCAGACACUCUUGUGGGACUUCUCUCCAAACAUGCUUACCGCUCGGCAUUGUCUGUAGCUUUAAAGUACUUUCUGACUAGUGAUCCCAGUGAAAUCUCCGUGGCUGGUUUACCUUCUGAUCAGAAAGCUCGCAAGUCUUUGGUUCGGCCAUACAUGGUUCGAAUACUCAAGGAAGUGGGACUCAUUUUCGAAAGGGGCCAUUUAAAUUCACUCUCAGAAACAAAAGAUGAAAGUGAACAAGAUUUGGCUCUAACCAUAUUGGUUCUUUGCAUACAAACGAUAGCGCAAUUGCAAUAUCAAAGCGAGGGUGAAGACGAUUACUCUUCAAUUCUCGAUACUUUUUACACCUCAUUCAACGAUGAUGCAUUAUUCUUUGAGACGAUAAUUCCCUAUUGCUUGAAUGGAAUGAUACUGUAUCUUCCACCGUUAAUCUUGAAACGUUUGGUCGAGUACGCAGUAUCUAUGAACAAAGGAGAUACUUUGACUGAGGUUAUUUGCUCUCUCAACAUUCAAUCUUUGGACAUUGACUUAACUCUUCGCUUGUGUAACCAGCAUGGGCUCCGCGACUGCACUAUCUACAUUUGGAGUUAUGUCUUGCAAAAUUAUGUUUAUCCACUUAUUGAGUUCAUCAACGAAAUCAUAAAUGGAGAGACUGAACACUUGGACAAGGCUUUUGCGUACAUGUCGUUCAUUUUCACCGGCCGCCAAUACCCCACAGAUCGACCCAUUGACUAUGCGGUGGUUAGUGGUGCACAGGAUAAUAUUGCAAGGUUUCUAUUCAGCAUCAACCAGCUUCCUGAAAUGCCAGUUGACGAUGAUACUGUCUUUCCCUAUCUCCAUACUUUUCUCACAUUUGAUUCCUUCCAAAUGCUAUCAUGUAUCAACGAAUUUUUUGAAAGCUCCUACUUGAAUGAGGAUAGCACAACUCAUCUUACACGCCAGUACAUCGUUGACUGUCUCUUGGAUGUGUAUCAUAGUUCGUCGUCCACCUUCUCUAAACUAGACUGGACAAACUUGGCGAUAUUUGUUGCCAGAAACUAUGCCAAGUACUCUCAGUUCAUUCGCCUUUCUGAGUCUGUAUUGGAAAAAGUUGUUGAUGAUUUGUGUAGCUUUUCUAAUGACUCGCUGUCAUACGACUGUGAAUUAGCACUACAGAGCUUGUUACCACACUAUGAGCCACCGAACGAGGCUAUACUCUUGAGUAAGCUCAAAAGUGCAAAAUUUCAUAAUGUGUUAAUUGGGCUUUACAGAGUCAAAGGCGAGUACGCUCACGCCCUAAAUGCUUGGUGUGAGAGCUGGGACCAUUCGCAAGAAGAUAUGGGCCAGGGUUCUCUUGCAGCUAACUUGGAAACCGCUUAUUUGAAUUGCACAACCACGUCUGCGAGAAUGGAUCUAAAAGAAGUGAUCAGAAAGCAUUUUUCACAGUUUAUUGAAAUUGAUAAUGUUGAGUUUGUGAGGUUGAAUUCCAAGUUUGAGCCGUCUCUACACGACGAAUGUAUGAAAAUGGGUGAUGGUUUAGCAUACUCGUAUCUUCGAGAACUCUUUGCUAACAAUUGGGAAACACAAGAUAUUCCUGACAUUGGAAAAAUGAUGACAAGAUAUACCACUCUAUUAUGCGACAGAGACCCAGACCAUGUUCUCGUUUGGGUGAAACAAAAUGGAAAAUUGUUAUUAAAGAAGGGCGAGGUUUCAAAGGUGAAAGGUAUACUUAAACAGCGCAAUCAGGUGAUGGCACUAGUUGUGUUGCUUCAGAAUAAAGAGGACUACAAUAGCGCAGUCGACGAGCUUCUUUCGGCUUUCGAAACCGAUAUUGAGUCGCUUCGGCAUCAUAAAUCGACUACGGAGAGCACCGAAGACCGCAAAGAAAAACUUCAACUAUUGGCUGCUAUCUGUGGUGAGAAAGAGGAUCUUUGGCUUCUGGUUAUUGAGCGCUUUAUUUCACUCAGCAAGGACAUGGCAGAUGAAUCUGAUACAGCGUCUCGAGUGCUUCGUGAAUGCAUACUCUACUGCUUUAAGGAAGUAAGUGAUGGAUCCGUUACGAGAAGUGACGACUCGUUGAUAAUGAAGGUCUUGCAUCGAAUGAUAGGCACCGAAAGUACUGUGAUGUCUCAGUUUCGCAGUAUACUUGGGGACGUUUUCAUCUCUUAUUCUUAUGAGGGAACCAUGUCUGAGAUUGUGCUUCGAAUUGUGAAUCAGGAUAUAAAAAAGCUGAUAUUGAUCAUUCGUCUGAACAACCUUAUGGGAUGGUCAAUAAACUCACGAAAUUGUACUUCUUGCGGAAAAGUGCUAUGUGGUGGGGUUGAACAAGGUAAUUACGAUGCCAAUCGAGUACGAGAAUAUGAGAAAUUAUGGGGAGGACAAGAAGUCAAUUCGUCUUUUUAUGGCUUUACAAUUGUGCUAUUCAAUUGUCAGCAUAGCUACCAUCUACGCUGUUUAGAAAAGCUUGGGUGGCAUAGAAACGAGCCGUGUGUGAUAUGCAAGCCAUGA